UGGCCCUGCAACUGCAAGAGGUAAACUAACCCACACACAUCCUACACAUCUCACACCCAGCUUUGCGAGGCAAUUCCUUGUACUUGUAGCUAGCUAGGCAGGAAGAAGAAAAACCAGCACAAGUAUGGCCUCAAAGCCUGGCCCCCUCACUCGCUGGCCAAGGCAAGGUCUUGGAAACUACAAGUACGCGCUGGUGGCACCAUGGGCGGCGCGCAGCACGUACAGGUUCGUGACAAGCGGGAACGAGGAGCGGGACCUGCUCGGCUUCGCCGUGCUGCCGGUGCUCCUCCUCCGGCUCCUCUACGGCCAGAUCUGGAUCACCGUGUCCCGCCACCAGACGGCUAGGAGCAAGCACAGGAUCGUCGACAAGAGCCUCGACUUCGACCAGGUCGACAGGGAGAGGAAUUGGUUCCACUCGCUGCACCACACACAUUUCCGCAGCAACUACUCGCUGUUCAUGCCGCUCUACGAUCACCUGUACGGGACGGCGCACAAGUCGAGCGACAACCUGUACGAGCGCGCGCUGCAGGGGAGGGAGGAGGAGGCGCCCGACGUCGUCCACCUCACGCACCUCACCACUCCGGCGUCCCUCCUCCGCGUCCGCCUCGGCUUCGCGUCCCUCGCUGCCGCGCCGUCGCCGCUCGCGUCCCGCUACUGCUGCAGUGUCCUGGCGGCGGCGGCACGCCCGGUGGCUGCGCUCGUCGUUGCGCUUCUUGGCCGGACCGCCUUCAGGUCCGAGGCCAACAGGCUCCACAAGCUCAACUUGGAGACGUGGGUCGUUCCAAGAUACACCUCUCAGUAUCUAGUGUCCAAGAAAGGUCUGCGUUCGGUGUGGCGUCUAGUGGAGAAGGCGGUGGAGGACGCAGAGGCAAGUGGUGCGAGAGUACUCACGCUGGGUCUACUGAACCAGUCCAACGAGCUGAACAAGAACGGCGAGCUGUACGUCAUCAGGAAACCUAACCUGAGAACCAAGAUCGUCGACGGGACCAGCCUGGCCGCCGCCGCCGUGCUCCACAUGAUCCCUCAGGGCACCACCGACGUGCUCCUCCUUGGAGACGCCACCAAGAUCAAGAUGUCGUCCGUGCUAGCUAAGGCGCUCUGCCAACGCGAGAUUCAGGUUCAGAUAGUCGACAAGGACCUGUACGAGUAUCUGAUGAGACAGGAGCUGCGCCCAGAGACGCACAAGCAUCUCCUCCUCCUUUCUGACGGGAUCCGCAGCAGCAGCAGCAGCAGCAAGGUGUGGCUCGUCGGCGACAAGCUGACGGGCGAGGAGCAGAGGGCAGCGCAGGCCGGCGUCCACUUCGUGCCCUACUCGCAGUUCCCACCCGACGCCGCCGUCCGCGGCGACUGCGUCUACCACAGCACGCCGGCGCUGGUGGUGCCGGACGCCUUCGAGAACCUCCACGCCUGCGAGAACUGGCUGCCGCGGAGGGUGAUGAGCGCGUGGCGAGCGGCGGGCAUCGUGCACGCGCUGCAGGGCUGGGACGACCACGAGUGCGGCACCAGGGUCACCGGCGUCGACAAGGCCUGGCGCGCCGCGCUCGCACACGGCUUCCGCCCCUACGACCGCCAACCAUGACCCUGGCUCUUGCGCCAAGUCACCGAGGAUUGGACGGACGACUACAUAUACGUACGAAGUGUCAAGCGUGUGCGUGGAUAAUGGAUGGCUUGUUGUCCCAGUGGUGAAUCCAGAACCUUGACAAGAGAGAGGCUAAGGAUAUCUUACUGGUGGCACACGCUAUAAGAUAUAAGUGAGAGAACAAAAAGUAUAAAUAAUGAUAUCAACUCAAAAUGCUCAAGCAAUAUGUAGAAUAUUAUUGAUGGAAAAUAUCUAAUAAAGAACAUCCGACAGACAAAAAAAAUCACAUAUGCCUUUAUAAUUUCACACCAAUUUCUGUGUCA